AUGGCGGCGGCCGCCGCUGCUUCUAUUUCCACGGCGGAGCUCCGGCAGAGCGCACCGCCGUCGAUCGCGAGCUCCCCGUCGCCGCUUUUCCUCCGGCAGGGUGUCCGCCUGAAGCCCGCCGGCGGCAGGAGGUUUUCCGUCGGUCGGGUGGUGGCUUCAGCUGAGGGCGGUUCGAGCGGCGUAGGCGGCGAGAGAUUCUAUCUGAACUUCACCGGCUUCCCGUUCCCUCUGGGGCCUUUCCUCAACCGGCGGACGACGAGGACCGAGGUGAAUCGAUUCUCUUCUUCUCCGAUUCCGGGCCUGAAUCAUUUUGCAGAAUGUAAAAUUUGGGAUUAUAUGGCGGAUUGGGCCGGUUAAUCUCGGCGGUUCUGAAGAAAUAUCAGGGGGAAACAGAAAGAAAGUCAUCUGAUUGAGAUCAUUCCAUUGCCGAAUGAACUGCCCGUUUGCUUCCAUUGCGCUCAUCAUUUCCGUAAUUAGUCUCUAAUCCACAGAAAGUCUCGAGCCUGGUCGUCUUCUUAAACAUCGAACCGCAUUAAUAAUACCCAUUCGGGCCAAAACUAUGAUGGGGCAGAUUCUCAUUACCAGAUCAUCUCUCUUAGCCUCGUCUUUUCACUCUUAUUUUGAAGGCCGUCAAGGACUGUAUAUGGCUGUUCGAGCAAGAACAAGCGCUGGGAUUCAGCAGCGUCUCAACGAACAUUAGGAUGACCGUCAUCAAACUCAAGUCCGGUGGCUUGUGGGUUCAUGCACCAAUUGCCCCCACAAAGGAGUGCAUCCAGGUUGCUCAAAGUCUCUCAUAACAAUUCAAUUUUUAUAUUUUUUUCAUACAUGGGUUACAUUGAUAUGUUCGAAAAAAGUUCCUUUUAUUCAAAGCUGAUGAGGUAGGCCUGAAUAUCUUCCCACAUUUCUCUCCUCCGUUGAAAUCAUUAUCUUCUUUUAGAUAUGAAUUGCUUUGGGAUGUUCUUAAAAAUUUCCUUGUAUUCAAGCAGAAUCUUUUCUUCAAUGAUGAAGAUCCAACCAUUAUCUCACAUCGGCCCACCUCCAAUUCAACUAUAUCUUAUUUUAGAUACGAAUUCCAGAGGGUUGCUCAUAAAAAAAAAACCAAUUUCUUCGAUGACAAAGAUCUAGCUUUUGAUGAAGAAAAUAGGAUGUGUUAAUAUUUGGCGCCUCAUUCCAAAUUUUUUAUAUAAAACCACUGCGCAGCUCAUCAAGGAGUUGGGUGCUCCUGUGGAGUACAUUGUCCUCCCCACAUUUGCAUAUGAGCACAAAAUAUUCGUGGGCCCCUUCUCAAGAAAAUUUCCUCGGGCAAAGAUCUGGGUGGCGCCGAGGCAGUGGAGUUGGCCGGUCAACCUCCCCCUCGAGUUCUUCGGCAUUUUCCGAUCCAAGCCCUUGAAAGAUGAGGACUCCUCAACCCCUUGGGCCGAUGAAAUCGAACAGAAGAUCCUCAGCUCCCCUGAAGUAGGUCGGUCCUCACUCCAUCAAACUCCCAUUUUCCCUCUUGCCUGAGCUUCACUUACUAAAUUUCUCUAAACUUUCCCAAAAUGUGUUUCUUCUGUGCAGGAAUCGGGCCCUAUGUUGAGGCGGCAUUCUACCACAAGCGUUCAAGAACGCUGCUAGUGACGGAUGCCGUCAUAUUCGUUCCUAGACAGCCACCUGAAUGCAUCAGCAAAGAGUCUCUUCUGGCAGCAGCAGAGAAUGGGCUGGCCGUGAAGAUCCUCAGCAAAGGGAGGGAUGUUCCCCAGGAGCCUGUUGUGGACAACAAAUCAAGCCGCCAAAAGGGUGAUCUUCUGAAUGAUCCCAAAAUUCCUACAUUUUAAUCUCAGGGGUGAUUCAGACUUAAUCCGAAAAUGGCAACUGCAGCUUUUCUUUUUCCUAGUAAUUUUCUCUAUUAUUUUGCUAAGAGAAUUUAAUUUUCCGUUAUAUAUGAUUCAGGCCCAUUCCUAGUGGAUCCCUGUAGAUGCCCUCGCAGAUCUUUGUCAUGAUCCAUGUAUUUUGAUCAGAAUAUAGUGACCAUGGUAAAUUAGAAAAAGAAAGAAUCUUAUGUUUUUGUGGAUAGCUUACGCUUCUAUUUUGAUUAGAGGGAUAGAAUCCUAAUCUACAUUAUUGAGGAAGAAGAGGUCUUCAUCUAAAUAAAAUAUCAGCAUUUUUUAUAAUUCUAAUAUAUUAUUGUAGGAAGAUCAAAAAUCUCUUGAUAUCAUAGAGAGUAUAUCAUGUCAAUUUGACAAUUUUUCUUUUGAAAUUCAUUUAACACAAAAUUACACGGUUUUUUUAAAACUAAAAAAAGUAAGGCACCCUUUUUCUUGCUUAAUGUUUGAUUUCUGUAAUUGUUGAAAAUUCUAAGCUAAAAACCAUUAGAUGGCUGAAUAAUGGAGGACAAUUUUUCUGGGUUUUGUUCUUCCCUAGAUUUUCUAGUUUUCUUGUCUGAUCGUAUGAAGUCAACGCCUGACUGCGUGGAUCGUCCCGAUCGGGCAGGCUGGGAAAGAAUGGUUCUCCAGAUUCUGUUCUUAGGCCCGUCGAAUCUACUGGAGCCCACGGCCAGCUUCGCUCAGAUGUCGCAGAAACUAAUCGUCUCCCCCAUCGUAAAGACCUUGGUCUUCAGCAAGGUCCCCGAGAAGGUCUGCUCUCUGGACGAGCUUCCCCAUGAAUCAGAACCCUAAUUUCUUCACCGACUGCAGAGCUUUGCUUCCCGAUCAGGAAAAAACCGCUAAUCUUUGUUUUGAUUGAUUUCAAUUUCAGGUGAGAGAUUGGAUCGACAGGAUCACCAGGGACUGGCCCUUCAAGAGGAUCAUCCCCGCACACUUCGCCGCCCCCGUGAACGCGAGCAGGUCGGAUUUUCUUGCGGCCUUCACCUUCCUCGACGAGCUCCUGGGCGAGCGCCCCGCCGCCAGGCCCUCGUUCUCUCUCCUGCUCGCCGCCGUCAUGGGCAGGGCCGCCAGCUACUUCCCACCGGACGACAUGAAGACCCUCUCCUCCCUCGACCAGUUCCUGGUCUCCGUCGGCGCCGUGAAGAAGACGGUCUCCGGGAGGAAGCAGCUGGAAAAGGUCCUGUAA